AUGGGAGAAGUUGUUAGGGUUAAGUUGUAUUCUGAAUAUACAGACGCAAUACCAGCGCCACAGGGAUUAUCCACAAAGACUGUUCCAUUACAAUUUAAUAAAUGGUCCCACUAUCUAAGCUCCCAGAAACACAGUAUCUAUUUUUCUAUUUUGUUGCAAGCUGAUAUUUCCCAGAAGGUUCGAUUUCAAGUCUUUGGCAAUGAGGCUAAAAUCUACCAGAAUCUGGUCUCACUGAUGGCAGAUGAGUUUCAAAUAGUUCAGUUCUCUGCCAAAUGCCCCACUUUAUCAUGUAAGUACUUAUUACAAUGUGCACCUCAAUCAAUUCCAAUUAUGAGAAGGUUUCAAUUAGUUUUUGACAAUCAAAAUGACUUCUUUAAGGUAGUAACACAACUUACAACGUUUGGGUUUAAGGUUAAAACUGUUAAUGUCCGACAUCAAGUAAGUAAUCCCAAUCAACAACAAAAAGUAACAUCAUCGGCAUUCGUUAUCCCUUCUAUCCCUAAUAGAAUAGAUCAUCAUGUUCAAAAUACAGUUAUGAUGAAACCCCAAGUUACAUUGGAGACAGAAAAUAGCUUCCAAUAUUUGGAUUCUCAAAUUAAUGAGUUCCAAACAUUACCUCAAGUUGAUACACAAUAUUCUGCUAAUGUUUCAUUACAAGAUGUUUCUGCUUCAACUACUCUAAACAACUCCCAUGAAGAAAAAAAAUAUGAGGUGGAGAUAGAAACAUUGCCCACCCUUAAUGAUUUGACAGUUAAUAAGGAAGAGUUAAAAGAUAAUGAUAAAAUAAUUUCAUCAAAUAAAGAAAAUGUCCUCAAAAAUAAAGAGAUGAAGAUAUCGAAGAGAUUCCUCAAGGAAAAAUUAAAAGAUAGAAAUUUUAUGAGAUGGGUGGACAAAGUGGAAGAGGUGUUAUGUGAAAUGAGUAAGAAUGUGUCGUCUUGA